GAAUAGAAAAUGAAAAAUCGUACCUCAUGCCCCAGAUGAAUUUUGAGAAAAAGUUUGGACAAUCACCGGUUUUCGUUGCCUCAACGCUGCAAGAGGAAGGUUGGAUGGAUUUAUGGAUCGGUUAUUUUAACCGGAUUCAAGAUGCAUUGCCACGGCUGGCGGUCCGUGUACUGCAAUCCCAUAAGGCCUGGAUUUAAGGGAUCAGCCCACAUAAACCUUUCAAAUCGCUUGCACCAGAUUCUUCAACAGGCCUCGGGAUCCAUUGAGAUUUUCCUGAGUAGCCACUGUCCACUUUGGUAUGGUUACGAGUGUGGUUUAAAACCACUAGAGCGAUUCGCGUAUAUCAACUCGGUUGUGUAUCCAUUUACAUCCAUUCCCUUGAUCACUUAUUGUACCUUACCGGCUGUAUGUCUCUUCACUGGGAAGUUCAUCGUCCCUGAGAUUAGCAACUAUGCAAGCAUUGUGUUCAUGGCCCUCUUCAUAUCAAUCGCGGCAACAAGUAUCUUAGAGAUACAAUGGGGACGGGUGACCUUAGACGAUUGGUGGAGAAACGAGCAGUUCUCGUUGAUCAGCGGAGUCUCCUCCCAUUUCUUUGCCCUCUUCCAAGGCCUUCUUAAGGCCUUGACAGGUGUCAACGCAAACAUCACCAUAGCCUCCAAAGACGGAGGCAACGAAGAGUCUUUGGAGCUCCAUCUCUUCAAGUGGACGUCCUUGUUGAUCCCUCCGACGACUCUUUUGAUCAUCAACGUUAUCGGGGUUAUAGUCGGGGUUGCUAACGCCAUCAACAACGGUUACGAUACGUGGGGAUUGUUAGCAAAAGUCACUAAUAACAAGUCUAUUUCCAGCAACGACGACAGUCACUUGAUUCUCUUCUCUGAUUCUAGUUCGAUCGAUACUUUUGCUAUCAUAGCUUUUGGAUCUUGA